GUUUGCACGAGUCUGGUCGUCGUCGCCGUGUACGCUGCUGCUGUGGUCGUGUGCGGUCUCUUUCGGCGUCGUCGUGUGCGAGAGAGUGCAUCAUCGCGCGUCAAGUUGUCGCAAGUCAGUCAAGUGAGGCAAGUCGCGAGUUGCAACGGAAUUUUGCUCGCUGCGUGCUGGCUUGCUUGCGUGAGUGAGUGUGGGUGGGCUUGUGCGUCGCGACGUCAUCCGUGCGGUGUUGGAUUGUAGUGCUGUGUUGUGGGAGGAGGUUUCCUUUUUUCGGGAGGAUUUCAGCAGAAGGAAGAAGCUAACAGAAAGAGUGGAAAAUUUUGACCUCCGAGAGAAGUGAUAAGACGGCGAGAUUUUGUGCAAGUUUCAAUGUUUUUGGGAAAGACAUCACCAAACAGAUGGAUUCAAAUUACCACACGUCGAAAUUAAAGCACGCAAAAAAUGAUGAAAUAUCCUUCACAGGUCAGCUAAUCCAGUGAAUUUAUUUGAUGCAAAGAGCAAGCAAAAGAAGUUACAGUGCUUGAAGGAGCGGCUCCAGCUGUCAAAAGUGUCAACCGGCCCCACCGUCGUGAGGGCGCCACCUGUUCAACAUAGAGUGCUGUGCUCGCACAAAUGUGUGAGUGAUCCGAGAGAAGAAGAAAAGGAAGCAAUAAGAAGAAUACGAAGUUAAGAAGAGUAUCGAAACACGUGGAAUUUGCAAUGGAAGGCACAGGAUUUGCACGUGAUCAUUCUGCCGAAUGUGAAGCCGGCAGUCGCAGUUAGCAGCACUGCAUCCGGUCCAGCGUUCGCUCCAUUCUCGUAAACUAUUCUAUCUCUGCACAACAACAACAGUCUUGUCUAAACUGUCAGAUCUUACCGAAAGAUCCCUUCUGCCGAAAGCGACGAAACCACCGUUGUACCGUUCACCGGGAAUAAUCGCGUAAAAUAAAACUCCAACCGUAAUUGACCGCCGGCAUCGACACGGCAAAGUACGGCCACCUUCUCCAGCCUCGUAUCCGACCGAUAAACGUGUCUGCAGGUCGGCCCAGUAGCUCAGCUCUGGACUCAGGAAAACCUCCAAACUGCCACCCUCAACUCCGGGAUCUUCCGAAGGCUUCGCGCGUUGGCACCAGUAGUAGUAGCGGGCAUAGCACUAAACUUGUAACUUGUUCUGCAACGCAUCCAUCGCAACGUGUCUGUGUGUGUUUUGUACAUUGGGCUGCACCUAUCAUCCUUUCUCUCUAUUGUUCUCUCCUUCGAGUGUGUAAGGCAGGUGUGAACGUUUGUUUGGUGUUCGGGGUUUGCUUCCAGUAGUCAAUAUAGUCUUGCGUAUCUCAUCCCGAUCGUUUGUGGGUGGUUUUUUUUGGUAGUAGUAUCGACUACACAGCUUCACUAACUCAGCGCACCCCCUUCAUCUCCCCCUCAAUUGGAUUUGUAGAUAUACCGCACACGUACACUGCACAUACCUCUCUAACCCUGUUGUAUCCUGUAGAAGAUACUAGACGCACACAAUGGCAACGGAUUUCAGCGUACGAAGAUCACUGGGGCUCGGCAUCGGCAUCCUCCUCGUGAUCGCGUUAUCAGCGGCAACAGCGUCAGUAACUAAUGGAGACAGCGUAAGCGCCACGCCGGCGAAUCAGUCGAUUCGUGCUGCUGCUACGCCCAGUGGUCAACAUGCCGACGACGACGACACCAUCUGCGAAGAUGGGUUGAUGUUUCCAGUAUGGACACCACAGGAUAACCUGACCACCGGCGAUCGCUUCGCUCGUGGUAUGGUGUACUUUUUAGCAUUGCUCUACCUGUUCAUCGGUGUGUCGAUUGUGAGUGAUCGGUUUAUGGCUGCUAUUGAAGUUAUAACCUCGAAGGAGAAGGAAGUCCGGGUGAAGAAACAGGGUUGUGAAGACCAGAUUGUAGUGGUCCGUGUUUGGAACGAAACCGUUGCCAACCUUACAUUGAUGGCACUUGGUUCAAGCGCACCUGAGAUUCUGUUGUCUAUCAUUGAAAUCGUAGCGAAAAAUUUUAAUGCGGGCGACUUGGGUCCCGGUACUAUUGUCGGUUCAGCUGCCUACAAUCUCUUCGUUAUCAUCGCAAUUUGCGUCCUGGUUAUCCCAGAUGGUGAGGUACGCAAGAUUAAGCAUCUGCGAGUAUUCUUCGUGACGGCGACUUGGUCUGUGUUUGCGUACAUUUGGCUUUAUCUGAUCCUUGCACAAAUCACCCCCGGCCGAGUGGAUGUUUGGGAGGGCUUCCUCACAUUCCUUUUCUUCCCUGCUACUGUAAUGACGGCCUACAUCGCAGAUCGAAGACUACUGAUCUACAAGUACAUUGGUAAGCAGUACCGUAUGAACAAGCGCGGCGUCAUCGUCCAGGUCGAGGCGGAGUCGGCGCUUGAGAUGAAUAAUCGGGACGAGAAAUUGAAUACUAUCGAUGAGAAUGGCGGCGUAACGGAGGAGGUUCGUGACUUUGAAGAGUCCCGUCGCGAGUACAUCUCCACGUUAAAGGACUUGCGCAAAAAGUAUCCCCAGCAUGAUCUCGAGCAGCUCGAAGUUAUGGCCCAGGAGCAGCUAAUGAAUAAGGGACCCAAGUCGCGAGCAUUCUACCGCAUCCAGGCCACCCGCAAGAUGAUGGGCAGCGGCAACAUCAUGCGGAAGAUCUCGGAGCGGGCCCAGUCCGAUCUGAGCGAGGUUAAGGCCGAGCUGCAGCGCGUGGACGUCGACGAGGCGAUCGAGGAGGACGCCGUCUGCAAGGUGUUCUUCGAGCCCGGUCACUACACGGUCAUGGAGUCGGUCGGCGCGUUCGAUGUUCGCGUUGUGCGUCGCGGUGAUUUGUCUUCCUCGGUGACGGUCGACUACGAAACGGAGGACGGUUCGGCCGAGGCCGGUUCCGACUACAUCGGCAAGAAGGGUACGCUCAAGUUCGGUCCGGGCGUCGACGAGCAGCGCUUCCAGAUCGAGGUCAUUGACGACGAAGUGUUUGAGCAGGACGAGCACUUUUACAUCCGGCUGAGCAACGUUUCCGAGCCGGCAACGCUGUCCACGCCCAAGGUCGCCACGGUUAUGAUUCUCGACGACGAUCACUCCGGUAUCUUUGCGCUGGCUAGCAAGGACCACGAGCUGGUUGAAUCGGUCGGCGUGUACGAGCUGAAGGUCCAGCGGUACAGUGGCGCUCGCGGCAAGGUGCGCGUGCCGUACUGGACCGAGGACGGCACCGCCAAGGCCGGCAAGGACUACGAGGAGCAACGUGGCGAGCUGCUGUUCGACAACAAUGAAAUUGAGAAAACCGUUCAGCUCGUCAUCAUUGAGGAGGGCAGCUACGAGAAGGAUGUACUGCUUUACGUGAACCUCGGCGAGCCCCAGCAGGUUGGAGACGACGAACUGACAGGCAUCAUCGAGGCGGCGGAAUCGAAGGCCGCCGAAGACCUGACGGAGGAGGACAAGAUGGCGCUACUCGGCAGGCCCAAGGCCGGUGAUAUUGUCAGGGCACAACUUAGGAUAAAAGAAAGUAAAGAAUUUAAGAACACCGUAGAUAAGUUAGUCCAGCGAGCGAACGCUUCCAUCCUGAUCGGUACGUCGUCGUGGAAGGAGCAGUUCGUAGAAGCGCUCACCGUCAGUCCCGGAGACGAUGAUGGCGAUAACGAGGGCGAAGAGCCGCCAUCGCCGAGCUGCGCGGACUACAUCAUGCAUUUCCUCACCCUUUUCUGGAAAAUUAUCUUUGCCUUUAUUCCACCAACGGACAUGGCCGGCGGCUACCUGUGCUUCGUCAUUUCGAUCCUGUGCAUCGGCGUGGUGACGGCCAUCAUCGGUGACGUCGCGUCCCACUUUGGCUGCACGCUCGGCAUCAAGGACUCCGUCACCGCCAUCGUGUUCGUCGCGUUGGGAACGAGUAUACCGGAUACGUUCGCCAGUAAGGUGGCCGCCAUCCAGGACAAGUAUGCGGACGCCAGCGUGGGCAACGUCACGGGCAGUAACGCCGUCAACGUGUUCCUCGGCAUCGGAGUGGCCUGGACCAUUGCCGCCUGCUACCAUGCCUUCCACGGACGGGAGUUUGAGGUGCAACCCGGAACGUUGGCCUUCUCGGUGACGCUUUUCUGUACGGAGGCGCUGGUCGCGAUCCUGGUGCUGGUGUUCCGUAGAAAUCCCAAGAUCGGUGGUGAACUGGGAGGUCCCAAGAAGCCAAAGUACCUCACUGCCAUCUUCUUCUUCUCGCUGUGGAUCAUCUACCUGGUGAUGAGCAGUUUAGAGGCGUACGGCAUCAUCAAGGGCUUCUAAGGAGAUGGCACAGCACAGUUUGGAUAGCAACUUCAACCUUGGUGCCCCUGAACAGUCCUGUCGAAGGCACACACACACACACACACAAACAAACAAACACACAUUUUCAUGUUCAAGAACCAUCGUGAUCACGCCCAUUUAUCGACUCAUUCGCAGCACCACAGCCACACCAAAUGUUGGUCGGAGAUCGACCGACACUGGACCCUGUUGGAACGGGAGUAGCUAGCGCGACAUGAAGCAAAUCAAAAGUCAACGAUUAAGUCCAAAAGUCAAUCAUUAACUUAUUUGAAUGCAACUACCACACUAGGUUUUACUUAAGAAGAAAAAUAAAAAUAAAAUAAUUUGCCUUACUUUUAGAACAAACGAACAAAACAACAAAAUUGUAACGCGUGAACAACAAAACCAACCAAACAACAAAUAAAACACAGCAAAACCCAGUUGAGCUGCGCCACGUGGGCCAGUAAAAUACAAGACAUUUUAGUUUACUACCUGUACUGUUGAUAAUUUGUAAGCCAGAGAGAAAGAAAAAAAAGUUAUAUUUAACGCCAAACUGCGGGACACCAGCUGCUGCCGACGGUGCGUUGUUUCCGGGCAGCAGCUGACGUCCCGCUCGUGGCUAGUUGGCCGCGGCUCGAAUACCGCGCGUCCAGCUGCCGCCACCGUCAAAAAUAAGAGAAAAUGCCAAAUUGUUAAGGAUUAAUACUAUUUAAUUGAAUAAAAGUGAAGAAAAUAUAGAGUGUACUAGAACGGUAAGCUAAUGUUAAACUAGGAUAAUAAAUGAAGCAAGAAAACAAGCAAAAUUUUCGCGCCAAAAACAUGACAAAGAAUAAAGGUGCGCGGACGUGGGACAAAUUUUGUUUGUUGAAUAAAUGUUGAAUUCUUUAUUUUUUAUGAUUAAGAUUACGUUCAAAACCAAUUUUCUGGGUUGCGACUCAACCCCGCGACUGCCUCUCGUGCAGGCUCAGCAUGGAUUCUAGUCAAAUCUCGAAUUUAUUAGCCCUUGUUUAUUCACACCCUCCAGGAUCGAUAUCUGAACGAAAGGCGUUAUUUCCGAUCGCUUGUAAAUAGUCAUCCAUGCUUUCAAGCUGAACACGUUUCCUGAAAUCGAUAUUGCUUGCUCCAUUUCAAAAUCCUCUUACUAUUACGAAAAAAGAAAUCAAAAAUAAACCGUUACUUGUAAAGAGCGCAGAAGACAUAUCUUAUUUAGAGUCGUGUUUUUCGAAAAACCCAAGAAAAAAAUGUGUAAAAUUCCUGAUGUAAUCACGGCUCCAAACCAUAAUAGGCUAAAACCCAGCGGUCCAAAUCGAAGCAAAGCUCUAGUUUAGAACAAAAUGGCGUAUCUUUGCGACGUUUUAGUACACACACACACACACACACACUAGCACGUCCCUAGAAAACUGAAACUACGCAGAGUAGCAAGUAGACCAAACGCCAAUAACGGACCAUAAAAAUAACUCACAACCACACCGACCCCGUUUGUACUAAAAGCAUUUCAAUCGCCAUUUUCUUUUAUGUUUUGCGCAAACACACACACACACACACUUGACACCAAACAACACUCCACAUAGUGAAACUAAGCUAUGAAGUAUUCUUGCCACUCCGCAAAGCAAGCGCAACACGUGCGCGUGCCAGCCUCCAUUUUGGAUGGUGCCAACUGUCAAAGUUAUGAUACAAAAUGGCGGCUCGCUCGCGCGCGCGUCUCCCUCAAUCAGUUCAGAGAAAGAAACACACACACAAGCAGGUGAACGAUUUGAAAAAAAACUCUUCCAUUUCAAAUUCGCGUUAGAACUUAAGGCGACUUUCUGUUUUUAUUAUCCUAGGUUUUAGGGGCUCCUAAGUUUAGAACAAUCAUAGCUUUCGUUUGUAAGGAUAUUAGUAGGGUAAGGUAUUGUUGAGCAAACCUAUAAACAAAAAACGUCCACUUACACACACACGUCUAGGGCGCGAACGAUCGAGCGUGGAAAAAUGCUAACCUUAUUUUUUGUAACGAGCGAAAUAAAGAAGAAAAAACGCAACGCAGUGAUUCUAAACAAACAAAAAUCAGAAACAGCGAAAUUGUUUUCCCAUAUAUUGCCAUAAUGAUAUAGAAACUUCUUGUGAGGAAUGUUUUAAAAAAGGGAAGCCACAACAUUUAUAAAACCGAGAAAGAAACGCUUCAAGAUGGCUGACAAAGCGCGUUAUUGUUGGCAAGUUUUUCGGUUUGUGAUUUGAAUUUUUUGGGGCUGAAAAUGGCCGUGAGAUGCAGAUUUAUAUUUGUUGAUUAUUUCCUAGUUGUUGAGAGAUGUAACCGAACCGUGAAACCUGAGAGAGAAAUUAGAACAACAAUAAACCAGAUGAAGAUGCUCUGUAGCGAACGUGUUCGUAAAGUAAGAACAAAUAUUUAUAAGAGAUGGACGCGAACAGGACGCAGCUGGAUUUAUAUUUUUAUGAAAGAUAUAAACAAAUGGUGACAACAAGCCACAUAGCCACACAUAAACGAAGCAAAAUAGCGAAUCCACCUGAAUGUAUAAGAUCAGUCUGUUAUAGCCACAAGAUUUUCUGAAAAAAAAACUCUUAAUGUUACCCUACCUUUAAUAGCAGUGCAGUAACUCUAAUGAUCAAUAAAGUUCCAUAAUUACCAACCGAAUGGCCACGUGUAGUGACUGUCAUCUAUGUGAGCAAUCCUCCCUCCCCUUAAACUUCUUCAUAUUUCAACUGAAAAAGUGUGUUCCAACAGUUGUAGAGAGUCAAAGAAGAACACGUUUAUACUAACAACAACAACAAAAAACAAAAAUAGGAAAACAUAUGUUGAUGUGCAAACAAAAUACAAAUGUAACUUUCUUCCAAUCGAGAAUCCAAAGUACUAAUUCAAAUCUACUCUAGUUUCUCGUCAAUACAGAAGAGUAGAAUUGCUGAACAUGCACACAAGAUUAAAACGAAAAAAAAAACAGACAAGACAAUUUUACCGUGAACUCAAUGUUUAAAACACAACCCGGUUAAGCUAAUAAAGAAAUGUGUACCAAAAAAACAACAAUCAUGUAGAGACAAAACAAAACACCGGAAUGUGGAACUCCUCUCCUAGUGACUUCCGAAUCGUUCGAUGUGCAAUAUUAAUCGUAAUCAAAUCGUAAGCAAAAAGCCCUUUUUUAUACUGAUGGCAAUAAUCCACCUAAAGAAAAGCGAGAGAUAGAUAGCGAAAAGCGCAGAUCGAGUAGCUUUCAAAUGUUUGGUUUUCCCCUUUUUCACCCUUUUUAAAGUACUAUCCUCUAUAAAACUAGUCCUAACCUUUAACCAACUUAUAGCAACAACAAAAAAAAACAAUGAAAGUCCAACUCAAAAUCGGAAACAAAGCGAAAUUCUAACUCUCCCUAUUCUUGACUAACUAUCGUGUAAAAAAUCAAACUAGUAUCGAUAUUAAACGGAAAUGCUAUAACCUCUAAGAAAUCCUAAAAUUUAUAUACAAUCUUCUUUCAAGUGUCACACCAGACCACUGAUUUUCUUACACAACAAAUCCUAUUUUGAAGCAACUAUAUCGAACUCGAAAAAAAUUCCACUAUUCCCAAAAAAACAAACUACUACUAUCAAACUCAUUUCCUCUAACGUUUCCUGUACUUAAAUAAACCACACGAAAAAAAAACCUUUUACAAUUACGGCCAAAAUACGCAGUACUCUCCCCCUUUUCCAAACUGUACACACCUAAACAUUGUCAAUAGCCCAGGAUGCUGACCAGCAAAAGAAGAAAUUUAUACAAAAAAUCACCCCGACACCCACAAACACACACUCCACCAAACCACACAGUCACGAUACACAGAUGCUAGAAGGGAGGAAGAACAGCGAAAAAGGGAAAAGAAGAAAAGCAGCAGACGAGCAACCCAAAUCGUCUAAUAGCAAAUAGAGCAGCAACAACAACAACAAAAGUAAUAAAGAAACGAAAUAAAAA